AUGUUUUGGUUUCUGCCAAUAGUUCUGCUACUCCUCCCAGUGCUCGAGGUGCAUGGGAAAGUUCCAGCACUCAUUGUAUUUGGAGAUUCUACUGUAGACCCAGGUAACAAUAACCACAUCUCCACAAUCUUGAAGAGCGAUUUCGAGCCAUAUGGACGCGAUUUCGCCGGUGGUAAGCCCACCGGGAGGUUUUCAAAUGGCCGAAUUGCAACCGACUUUAUUGCUGAAGCUUUUGGGAUCAAGUCGACAGUACCUGCGUACUUGGAUCCCACAUAUGACAUCAAAGAUUUUGCUACUGGAGUUUCAUUUGCUUCUGCAGGAACUGGUUUUGACAAUGCUACAUCUGAUGUGCUGGUACGUGAUGCUUGCUCAUUUGCUUAG